UACCGGCCACUUUAUUCUGUGAUCCUGAUUCAAUUGUGCGUUUUUAAAAAGGAUUCCUUCAAUCCGAUCCUUGUUUCCAAUUAACUCUAUCAUAUAUCUUACUCAAAAACCAUAAUAAUCAAUUCUCAUCUUUACUCUAAAAUUAAUUAAAUGAUUUCUUAAAGGAUUCUAAAUAUCGAUAGUAACAAUGGGCGUUAUAUUUUAAGCUUCUUAUCCAGGGGUGCCAAACAUUUUCAAUAGCGUGUGUUAGUUACGUAACGUCGCCGGGGAAAAUCGAUAUCCUGAGCGUAUAAAUAGCGACCUACGAUUGAGAACAGCUGGCUGGCCGCCAGACAAAAUGCAGGCUGUGAGGAUGAGAAGACCGCGUCGGCAUCGCUGGCUGACUGUAUCAGUUUUUUUUAUUGCCUACUCCAUCUUCCAAGCGGUACUGAGCGCCUCCACGUCGCCCUUGAUUGAUAAACUGACGACCACCGGUGAAGAUUCUCCGCCAGCGAGCCUCGAACCAAGCUCUAAAGGAACUACUAAAGAUACGAUUGUUUCGUCCCCCCUACCGGCGACUGGUGCCGAAGACGAAGAUAGCAGUGAGAUACCACCAGAGGGCGGCAAGAAGGGACUCAAAGGAAUAGAGGAAGAAGAGGGAGAGAAGAAGAAACAGAAAGAUGAUGGUUACGUUAAAACUAAUGAUGAGGAUGCGAUCCCUACAGUUCAUCCAUUGAGGAAUUGUACACCGCCUGCUAUUGAACAGUUUCCUCAACCUCUGAUGGGUCAGACAGCGCGUAAGCACGGCGGCCUUAUUCUGCACAUCCUGGUAGCUGUGUUCACCUUCAUCGGCCUCGCUAUCGUCUGUGAUGAAUACUUUGUCUGCAGCUUGGAUAGGAUCUGUGAAGAACUGAAGCUGGCGCCUGACGUAGCUGGUGCAACUUUCAUGGCCGCUGGAAGCUCCGCUCCUGAACUAGCCACUGUUGUUAUUGGAGUGUUCUGCGCACAGGAUGAUAUCGGCGUGUCGGGUGUGAUCGGGUCGGCUGUGUUCAACAUAAUGUUCGUGAUCUCGGUGUGCGCUCUGUGCGCCGGCACGGUGAGCCACCUCAACUGGUGGCCGCUCUGCCGCGACUGCUUCUUCUAUGCCAUCUCUAUACUUGUUAUGCUCUGUACCAUCGCCAAUAAAUACGUCUCCUGGCCGGAAGCUCUGUUCAUGUUGAUAAUGUACGGCGUGUACUGCAUCGCGCUGCGCUUCAACACGGAGCUGGAACGUUGGGCGCUGACCUUGCCGCUGCCCUUCAAACUACCCACGCGCGAGGAGCAGGCGGCGCUCGUCACUUACAGAAGCGCGGGCGGACAGCCUCCGGCCGCAGGCGCCAACGCAGAGGAACAAUACACGCAGAUGGAAGGACAGACCAAGGAAACUCCUCAAGAACCCACCGCUUAUAACCCGGAUGGUGCGUACGACAACGCGGCCUACAACGCUGAGCCUAUCCCCGUGUGGGACCCCAACGCGGCCUGGGACCCCAACCAAGCCUGGGAUUCUUCUACGCAAGGAGCGCCCACACAGCCCGGUUGGCGACCUGACAACCAACAGACCCAAGCACAAGCACAAGCACAGGCGCAGACGCCAACGCAACCGCAAGAGAACCAGCCACAACAAUCUUCGCUGCCGAUCGCGCCCGCCAUGCCCGCCUACUACAAGGCAAAGGAGUACAACCCGGAGACCGCAGUGGACCCGCUCGUUAAACCAGUUGGUGCAAACAAGCUGCAGCUGGCGUGCUGGUACGUGGCGUUCCCCAUCCACUGGUCGUGUCGGCGCACGAUGCCGGACUGCCGCGGCCGCUGGUACCCCGUCACCUUCAUCAUCUCCAUGCUCUGGAUCUCCUUCUACUCCUACUUCAUGGUCUGGAUGAUCACAAUCAUCGGGUACACUUUGGGUAUCCCUGACACAGUGAUGGGGCUGACGUUCGUGGCGGCGGGCGUCUCCGUACCUGACGCUCUUUCCUCGCUCGCUGUCAUCAAGGAAGGUUACGGCGAUAUGGCGGUCUCUAACGCGGUGGGGUCCAACGUAUUCGACAUCCUGGUGUGCCUCGGCCUGCCCUGGUUCAUACAGACCGCCAUCAUACACCCCGGCAGCCACGUCAAUGUCAUCAGCAAAGGUCUAAUCUACUCUACGCUGUCUCUGUUCUCGACGGUGAUCUUCCUGGUGGUAGCGACGCACGCCAACGGCUGGAAACUCGACCGUAAGUAUGGCGUGGUAUUGAUGAUUUGGUACCUGCUCUUCAUAACCCUCGCCAGCCUCUACGAGCUGAAUGUCUUUGGCAACUUCCAUCAGCCAGAUUGCGAAUCUGCGUAUUAAUUUGUCUACAAGUUUAUUGUUUGAAAAUAACAGUUUCAUACUCUUUGACAGACAAAGAGUAUCUCACCGAUUUGUCAAAGAGUAUGUAACCGAUUUGACAAAGAGUAUGUAUCGUCAUUUUUUAUUUUUAAAUGUUUGUUGGUUAAAUGAAAAUAAUAUUAGCAUUUGUUUUAUGUUUGCCAAUCAACUAAGUUAACUAAGCUUUUAAUGUAUAUUGAAUAAUGAUCUCAUUAAAAAUAUUAAACGAUCUGUGUUUGUAAGUAGAUUUUUCAGUAUCAGUAUAAGUUAAUUUUUUAUGUAAAUCGUAUUUAAUUUUGCAAAUAAAGAGCGCGCUACAAAAUACUGGCCACAAAAAAAUACAUGUAACGGUCUAAUACAUCUUAUGAAUAAUAAGACAUCGAUAUUGAAAUAGAAUCUAUAAAAAUAAUUUAACAUACGGAAGGAACCCAAAUAAUACUCAAAGUUAUUAAGGAUUUUCUUCAUUUAAAAAGUUAAACGAGACAUUAUUUUUGGUAAUACAAGAGUUUGAUUUAUAUUUUAUUGACAUAUUUUUGUUUUUUAAAUAAACGUAAUUUAUUUUUUUAUUCUAAACUCUAUCUCCACACGAUCGUGGCCUAUCCACGCACAAAUUGAAAAUAAACAGCAUUCAAAUUUCCUAUACUGGUAAAAGGGUUUUCAAUCGUAAAACAUCGAGAUCCACGAAUUAAAUAUAAUACAAAUUUAAAUAAUACAGAAAACGGUUUUUAAAUAUAGAGUACGUAUUACAUAUUAGAUUUAGAUGUCUUUUGUAAUAGAAACUAGACAGCUUAAUAAAUUGUUAGAAUUUUUUUAUACUAUUCGCUCAUUCUAAAUUAUACUCUAGUCAUUUUAGUUUUUAAAAAUAAUUUUAUUGUAUUAUUUUAAGUUGAUUAUGAAUAGAAUUUUCUAAUGUUUACAAAUGUUACUAUGCACCCUUAUACGUUUGUACCAAGAUUUGCAACGGACACACCUACCUCGGCCUUCUUCCUCAAGUUACUACCCGAUGAAAAGAGUUACGUCUUUUUAAAAUAUUCUAACGUAGAAUGUACCUUUUUCGUCGGAUGUAGAAGUAACUUAUUCCAUUUUUUGCUAAAUGUAGUGCGUAUUUUUAAAUAAUUGAUCUUCCUAAUUAUUCUAUCUGUUUAUUAUGUUUGCAUUAUGCCAGUAUAGUAGGACAGUUUUAAUCCGUGCUGGCAUACAACUGACAUAAUGUAGACGUUCCAGACUGGUUCCAGUGAGUCAAUAAUCCAUGCUAGGAUAUCGCAAUUACCUUACUGUACUGGAAUAAUAUAACCAUUUAAAUCUGACAGAUUGCGUAAAAACUGUUGUAAAUGUGGUACUACCGCCGUGACAUUUGAUAUAUGCUAUCUCUGUCUUCUUAAAAGUAAUUUAAUAGAUGUUAAUGUGUCAAUAUGCCAGUACACUCGAAAUAAUAGUCUUUUAAACUUGGUUAACA